UAGGGCAAAAACCGCGUUGUUUACAAUUCCAGUGACUGCCCGGACUGGGUCGUCCGAUCCGCUUCGCGCACUUUAUACUGCCGCCGCCGCUUUGCUGUUCCUUCCACAUCCUCGACUUCUUACCUGUCUUAAUACCCUCUUAUUCUCCCGUCUCUAGAUACUUGAUUGACGUCAGUGCACCAAAUCCCGUUCCAAGUCCUAUCUGACAAAUGUCUCUUAGAACCAUACAGAAGCACAUACAAUCGUAUGGAAACAUAAACAAAAUCACUGCAUCCAUGAAACUCGUGUCGGCGGCCAAAUUGGCUAAGACUGAACGUCUAUUAAAAGAUGUGCGACCAUUUGGCUUAGGUACUCUAUCGUUUUAUAAACGUUACACUCAUAUUAACAUGCUCGAUCAUACCAAUGAUCACCUUAUGUUUGCAAUCACGUCUGAUAGAGGUCUAUGUGGCAGUAUACAUACCGCAGUUGUUAAAAAAGUUAAAAAAGAAUUAUCUAGAUCCGAUCAACGAUUUGCCAAAGUAGUCUGUGUCGGUAGAAAAGCAGAAGAGAUGUUAGUUAUAAGCCAUAAACCAAAUAUUCUUUUUACUGUUUUCAAAAUAGGUAAAGAAAAUCCUACUUUUUUAGAAGCUUCAAAUAUAUUUAAUGAAUGUUCUCAUAUUGAAUAUAUUGCUUGCCAGAUUUUUUACAAUGCUAGUAUUACUAGGGGUACAUCAAAAGUUGAUUGGAUAUCAAUAUAUAACACUAAUCUGCUUUUAACAGUAGUUCAUAUUGCUAGCUUAGAAGAAGUAGAAGAAGAAAGUAUGAGAAGUUAUAUAGAAUUUUCAACUGUUUCACUAUUAUUUUUCGCCAUGGCAGAAAAUACUUUGUGUGAACAUUCUGCUCGUAUGAUAGCCAUGGAUUCCGCUUCUAAAAAUGUGCAACAAAUGAAUAGUAAAUUGUCAUUAGAGUACAAUCGCAAAAGACAAACUAAAAUAACAUCAGAUCUUAUUGAUAUUGUUUCUGGAAGUCAAGUUAUUACUGAAAAAAAAUAA